CGUUCAGGCACAUAAGUCCACUGCUUGCAAUGCAUGGACAUAGUCUGCUGCUCUGAGACUGACUGGAGCAAUGAUGACUCCGAGGGUAACUCUAGCAGUCUUUGGUCUCUUCAUCACAGCAUCUCCAUGCUCAACAACAAAUGAUUCCCCAUUUUCACUCACUAACAAAGCCACCGGUUUUUGUUUGCUGAAAAAGUAUAACCGCUGCGUCGACCUACGCUGGACAACUGGUAACCGGCUUUUGGUUACCACAACUAAAAAAUGCCUGGGAGUGCAGGGCAACAGCGUGGGGAGUGAAGUGAACCAGUUUGACUGUGAUGACAAGAGCGCUCUCCAAAAGUGGGAAUGCAAGAAUGGAACACUGCUCGCCCUCAAAAAUCAAGAAUUCUUCAUUGAAGUCAAGGCUGAUGAAACAAUUGCUCUCUCCAGAACAACUGGACCAAAUAACCAUUUCACUAUUACAGGGACAUCAAGUGGUGCUUGCACAAGAACACAUAGAGAGUAUUUCACCAUUGAGGGAAAUGCAAUGGGGAAGAUGUGCAUGUUUCCUUUCCUGUACAAAGACCGAUGGUAUGGAGAAUGCACUACAUUUGACUCCUCAUCAAAGCGACAUUGGUGUGCAGUUGAAACAAAAUACGAGCAUGAACAGUGGGGAUACUGCCCAACCACCUCGACAGAUACUUGGGCCAAAAACCGUGCAACAGGAGCAUACUACCAGAUAAACAUUCAGUCAGCUUUGACUUGGGCACAAGCUCAUACUAGCUGUAAACAACAGGCUGCCUCCUUGGUCAGUAUCCUGGAUCCCAAUGAGCAGGCUUUUAUCUCAGCAUUACUAGGAUCAGGGAGAAAAAAACUUUGGAUUGGAUUAGUUUUGGACCCAGAACACGGCUGGCAGUGGACUGAUAGCAAGCCUUUUCGUUAUCUGAGAUGGGAUGCUGGAAAUCCACUUCCUAACCCAGGACACAACUGUGCAAUUUUAGACACUACUGGAGAGCACACUUGGCAAAGUUCAUCUUGUGCCAAGAAACUGGGCUACGUCUGUUACAAAGAUGGGGCCCCGCCAAUACCUCCACAAAUUGAAGAAGGGUUUUGUUCAAACCCUUGGAUUCCCUACAAUGGCCACUGUUUCCACCUUCAGCGGACUCCUCAAACAUGGUCUGGCGCUCAGAGAGCUUGCAGAGCGGAAGGAGGUGACCUGGUGAGCAUCCGCAAUGUGGAGGAUCAAAGCUUUGUCAUAUCUCAGCUUGGAUAUGCAUCCAAUGAUGAGCUUUGGAUUGGACUGAAUGACAGGAGGACAGAGGGGCUGUUUGAUUGGAGUGACCACUCUUAUGUAUCAUUCACCAGCUGGGAAUUUGGAAAACCAGCAGUCUCCACUGAUGGAGAUGACUGUGUCCUUAUCAGGGGGGAGAAUGGGAAUUGGGCAGAUCGCUCAUGUGAUGAGCAGCACGGCUAUAUCUGCAUGAAGCAAAGUUCCACUGAAAGCACUGGAGAUGAAAUAAUUAUAGACACUGGAUGUAAAGCUGGAUGGAAAAAACAUGGCUCCUACUGCUACUUUGUAGGAACUGAGACCAAGACUUUCAAUGAAGCUAACGAAGACUGCAAGAGCUCAGACUCCUACUUAGCUGAUGUUUCAAAUGGGGUGGAUAAUGCCUUCCUUGUCAGCUUGGUGGGGUUGAGACCAGAAAAAUACUUCUGGAUAGGGCUCUCAAAUCAAAAAAACAUUGAUGUUUUUGAGUGGACUAACUCACUCUCAGUAAAGUUCACUCACUGGAAUGCUCAAAUGCCAGGUUACCAACAAGGCUGUGUUGCCAUGACAACUGGGAUUUUGGCUGGACUCUGGGACCUGCUGGCCUGCACCAACAGCGAAAAGUAUAUCUGCAAGAGCCUGGCAGAGGGGGCAGUUCCAACUGUCCCACCACCAACUCAAACUCCUCCUAAAUGUGCGGAGGGUUGGACUCAAGUAGGAACAAGAAUCAUGUGUGCUAAGUUUUUUACAGGGCCUCGUUCAGACGAAAAGACCUGGUUUGAGGCCAGGGAUUUCUGCAGGGCCAUUGGAGGAGAUCUACUCAGCAUGCACAGUGCUACUGAACUACGACUAUUUAGAGGAGGAAAAGCCUGGAUUGGACUUCAUAUUCCCGAGUCAAGUACUGGUUAUGCCUGGAGUGAUGGAAGCCCACUAGACUUCCAGCACUGGCAGGAAGGAGAACCAAACAAUUUCAAUGAUGCAGAAUCUUGUGCUGAGUUUGUGAUACAUAACUGGAAUGAACAAGGGUCUUGGAAUGAUUUGAACUGUGAUAGUUACAAUGACUGGUUGUGUCAGAUCCGUGCAGGAGUGACUCCAAAACCACCUCCGAAUAAUACUGUUGUGGAAUAUAAUAAGACUUCGGAUGGUUGGCUAGAGUGGAGAGGGAAUCACUAUUUGAUUCACGGUAUGUCACAGCCCAUGGACGAUGCUCGUCACUUCUGUCAGCAGAGGCAUGGUGACCUAGUAUCUAUCACCAGUAAAGAGGAAAAUGUUUUCUUAUGGAAACAGAUAUCCAGAAGCUAUGGGCGGUACUAUAUAGGUUUGUCAGUGGAUCUUGAUGGGUCAACUUGGUGGAUGGAUGGUACUCCAGUGUCAUUACAAAGAUGGGAUGAAGAUCAGCCUAAUACUAAUGCCUAUGAUCAGAACUGUGUUUAUAUGAGUUAUCACAUGGGCUUCUGGAGUACUUCUAACUGUGGAAGAGAGCUUUCAUUUAUUUGUAAGCGAAGAAGUUCAUCACCCACCAACACCACUGCAGCCCCAACAGUUCCUCCGACAGGUGGAUGCCCAGCUGGAUGGAAAAAAUUUGCCUCAAAGUGUUACAGCAUCAAUAGUGAUCGAAGAAUCACCUGGGAAUAUGCACGCUCAAAGUGCAUUGAGGCGGGAGGCAAUUUAGUCUCGAUUCCUACAAGAAGUGUGCAAGCAUUUUUGAUCACCAAAAUGGUUGGUGUAGUAUCUACAGAUCUGUGGAUUGGUUUGAAUGCUAUAAAGAACGAGGCAUUUUUCUGGACUGAUGGGAGCAAAAGGCAAUACACCAACUGGGGCAAUUCUGUAAGUGGGGAACCUUUGGGGAUCAUGUAUGGAAGAUGGAAUGAGGGAUAUCGCCAUCAUCCUGGCACCUUUUAUAAAAGAUGGAAUGAGGAAGACUGUGUUGUAAUGAGCAGCAGUCCUGCUUUGGGGAUUGGUAAAUGGAUGAUAAAGUCUUGCAAUGACACCAAUGGAUAUGUCUGUCAACGAAAUCUUGAUCCAAAUAUUAAAGCUCCACCUGAAACCAUAGAUCAUAACUAUGUAGAUCUGGGAAAUGACAGCAUCAAGGUUGUGACUCAAAAUCUGACCUGGGAUAAUGCCCAGAAACUUUGUAAACUUGAUACAGCCAACUUGGCCUCCCUGCGAAAUGAUUGGACACGGGCAUAUGUUGAGCUGUUGGCUAUAAAACUCAAUACUCCCCUUUGGAUUGGACUUAACAAAAACCAGACUGGAGGUUAUUUUAAGUAUAUUGAUGGUUGGCACCUGAACAAUGCUGCCUGGGCUGCAUUUCAACCAAGCAAGGACAAACCUUGUGUGUAUAUAGAUAUGGAUGGAAAAUGGCUGACUGCUUUCUGCAAUAUGACCAUGAACAGUGUCUGUAUGCAGUCUAAAGAUGUUGCACCAACCGAAUCCACCACAUUCCCUGGAGUCUGCCCUGAUGAUACAGAUGUAGAGUACCAGCAGAGCUACACAUGGAUGCCAUAUAGGGGUCACUGUUACUUGUUUAUCCAAGAUGAAAAUGAAUGGCCAAAUGCAGCUAGCAGCUGUGUAAGACACGGUGGAGCGCUGGCUAGUAUUGAAGAUCCCUCUGAGCAAGACUUUAUCAAAAGCACUGUGGGAAAUUUCCAAGAUAGCCACAGCUCUUUCUGGAUUGGUCUGUUUAAAACUCAUAAAGGGACAUGGUUUUGGUUGGAUAGAACUGUCCUGGACUACACUAACUGGGCUCCCGAUGAGCCUGAUUCUGAUUAUGGAGCAAUCCAAACCUCAGAUGGGACUUGGAACUCAGGCCACAGAUGGCAAGACAGACCAUACAUCUGUAAAACACCCAAAGUGAAACCUGAAACUCCAGGAAAACCUGGACCUACUGACGAUAAAGAUCAUCGCAUUCGUGUCCACACAAGUGUGGUAGUUGUGCUGGUCAUUACCAUCACUUCCAUAUUGAUAGUCGUUGCAUUUUUCUUCUAUAAAAAGUCUCCUCGUCCGUUCCCCACAUUUGAAAAUCCACUGUACUUCAAUGGUGAACAAUCGCAACCUGAUGUGGUUGAUACCAAUAAACUAAUAGAGAAUGCAGAAAAUCCUGAGCCAGUUCUAACUAUGUGAUUUCUCAAGUAUUAGAUUCUAGUAGGACAUAGACUUUACCAUGUUCAAAAUUGAUGUAUUAAACUUUGAUGAUUCAUUUUUUGUUGUUUAAGAUAUGCAGUAAAUAUAUGCAGUUAUUUAACAGUAAGUCACUAAAUGUGAGUUUCAGUGGAGUUAACAACCUCAUUCAAUAGACCAAUUUAAGCUCUGGGGUGUCCGUAAGGAAAGGAUUGUUUUAUUGAUUUGUAGUUCUUUAUCCCCACAAUUGAAUGUAUAUAAUUAUUACAUGUGGUGCUUAAAUCCUCUAGAGGCUGUUCAUUGAUUGUAACUCUUAAAGUACAUAUAUGUACUGCCUAUUGCUUUUAAAUAAACAUUAAAUCUGAC